AUGGCUCAGGUCAGCUUCCUCUGGCCUUGCUUCCUCCUGCUGAAGCUGGCCGGGGCCUGUGCUCUGCAGCUGGGGCCGCGGAAUGGGAGCGGGGAGCCCCUGACCAAGGAGCCGCCAGGGGGGCCUGGAGGAGAAAGCCAGCCAAGAGCAGGGGGUGGCCCGGGAGAGGGGCUUCUCCUUCCCAGCCAGGCGGCCCUGAGCCAGGCUGCUGGCACCAGGCUGCCAGAGGGUGGGGCGGAGGCCCAGGGCCCAGAGACGGCGCCCCCUGUGGAGAGCAGCCCCCUCUCCCCUGGCAAGGGGGGGCUCAGGCUGGGCUGCGGCAGCCGGGUGGUCAAGAGCGGUCUGGUGUGUGCCUUGGGCGUCCUGAUCAUGCUGGGCAACGGGACGGUCAUCGCGGUCAUUGCCUCCUCCGUGUCCGGCUGGAGCCACAGCAGCCGGCUGGUGCUGCUGUCUCUGGCCGCCGCCGAUGCCGCCCUGGCUGUGCUGGUGGUGCCCCUCAACCUGUACCACAGCCUGGCGCUGAGGCCGGAGGAGGAGGCGGGCAGGAGCUGCCGGGCGGUGGCCUUCCUCAACUCCAGCGUCUUUGGGGCCUCCCUCUACUCCCUGGCAGGAGUCUCCCUGGAGCGCUACGUGGCCGUCUUCUUCCCGCUGCAUUAUGUGCGCCUCCUGACCUGCAGGCGGGUGGCCCUGUUCAUCGCUGCCGCGUGGCUGCUGCCCGCCCUGCUGUUGGUGCCACUGGCCGUGCCAGGCCCUGGCGCUGUGCUCCAGGUCCGCUUCUCGGCAGCAGCUCUGCUCUGUGAGCCAGACUACGCCUCCAGUGCCACCUACUCCUUCCUGUUGGUGGGCACCAUUUUCUGCCCGGCUGCUGCGAUCAUCACCUUUGCCAACUUGCGCCUGUGGCUGGCAGCGCGUUCCCAGCAGCGGCGUGGUAAUGGCCUGGCCUUGGCAGGGAGAGGAGCACCACCAAAGAGGCUUCGCCUGCUGCACGUUGGCCCUGCUUCCCGCAUCCUGGUGCCCGUUGUCGUUGCCUUCUACAUCUGCUGGGCACCCUGCAUGAGCACCAUCCUGUACAACGCGAUCACCCGGGAAAGAGUCCACGAGUGGCUGGAGUUUGUGGCCCUCUGGCUGCCCACCAGCAGCGGGUUCCUCAACUGCUUCGUCUACUUCUGGGUCAACAGGAGCUUCCGGCACAAAUUCCAAAAGCUGGGGCGUCGGCUGUGCCACGGAGCCAAGCGGGGGCAGCCUGGCCUCGGCCUCCCGACCCUCACUGCUGCGAUGCAGAGGGGGGGCUGUGACCAGCUGGACCUCUCCCCAGAAGACUCCUGCAGUGGCUCCUCCGGCAGUCUCGUCCUCUCCCAGGAAGCCCAGGCCACCCUGUGA